AACGCUGCUUACGUUCUUGUUAGUCGUGUGUUUCAUCGUGCGGGAUCAUAACGUGAUUAGUGGACAUCUAACGAAACUAUCAAACCCUACCAAUUGCAAUGUAUAUAGACCGCGCACCUUAUAAGCCAUGGGAAAGGAUUCCUUUUGAGCAAGACCCACCCUCAAGUGGACCAGCACACACUUGGGUACGGUGGUCUGCUGAUUCUGCCGUACAUCCACCAAACGCAGUGAGAGCAGGCACAGACCAUGACGGGUCUCCCAUAUACGUCGGCCGAGCCAGCCACUACGGAGACAUGCUUCCAGCUAAAGUGAUCCCCAUUCGAAGAGUGGCGUAUGUAACAUACCAAGGACUGGAACUAUCGAAGCCGCAUUUUGAGGUUCUGUGUGGACUAGGCUUUACCUGGGUUCCAUGUGAGAACGGAGUUCUUCCGAAGGGCGCCGUGUUGAGCGGUAAAACCGCUCAUGGCGAUCAGCUGUUCAUAGGACGAGCUCAUCACAAUGGAAGUGUAACACCUGGAAAAAUCAUUAGCAGCCACGGUUGUCUGUACAUUGGAUUCGAUGGAGUUGAGCAUGCCCACCCCAAGUUUGAGGUGUUGGUAGAUACGAGAGAAUCUAAGAAACAAAGCGUCGGAGGAAACUGGGUGUCCGCCCAAAGCAACGGACGCGUUCCCCCUGGAGCACUUCUGGCUGGAAAUGACAGUGAUGGAGCCGCUAUCUACCUGGGUCGAGUUUAUCGAUUCGGACUACAUCUACCAGCGAAAGUAAUCCCAAGCAAACGAAUGUGUCAUACUGGUGACGAAGGAUUGGAAUUUGAGAUGACCGAAUAUGAAGCACUGUGCAAUGCGAAUGUUUCCUGGGUUCCCUUCCAUGGCGUGUAUCCUUUGAAUGCAAUCGAAUGUGGACGGGACCGGUACGGCGAGAAAUUAUACUUCGGACGAGGUCGCUACGAAGGGAGCCUGACUCCAGGAAAAAUUCUAGAAUGCAGCAAAAUCUUAAAAAUACCCUACGGGUUUAAGGAAAUCGUGUUGCGAGAGUUUGACAUUCUGGUCGACAAUAGUCUACCAACUACCAAGUGCAUACAAGCAUUAAACUGGCAAUCAAGUACCAACAGUUCCCCCGUACCAAGAGGCGCAAUUCUAGCGGGCUACGAUAGUGACGGUUCGCCGAUCUUCGUGGGGCGUGUUUCUUACCAAGGAAACCAACUACCGGCCAAGGUGAUUCCACGCAAGAAGCUUUGUCAUACUUGUCACCAAGGGAAAGAAAUCGAAAUGAUAUCCUAUGAAGCUCUGUGUGAUGCCCGGGUAGCCUGGGUUCCCUUCAGUGGCUCCAUACCGUCAAAGGCCGUGGUAUGUGGUCGCACAAUGUGGGGAGAGACGGUUUAUAUUGGACGUGGGCACCAUCGGGGAAGCCUAACUCCAGGAAAAGUUUUGGAACACGAGCGCGUGCUUAAGAUACCGUUUGGAUGGAACGAGAUUACUAUUGGAGACUACGAAAUACUUGUUGAGAUUUAAAGGCAUUGCUGCAAUCAUAGGUUGUAACAUGUAUGUUGUUCAUUGAUUGUAUUAAUAAAGCUUUGAUGUUUAGAAAGGUAUAAAAAACGAACAGUAAGUAUUGUUUGUGACAUAACCGGA